AUGCAGCGCGCGAUCAAUGUGACUCGGCGGCAAUUUGCUAUUGGAGCUGGAUUGGUAGCGGCCACGGCCACCGGUGGGCUCGUCUAUGCGCUCGAGAAUCAAGUGCACGCUAUGGACAACGGGAUCCAUCCGCCCGGCUUGCCCUGGAGUCAUCGAGGCACUUUUGGAGCCCUUGACAUUGGAUCCGUCCGUCGUGGUUGGGAAGUCUACAAACAAGUUUGCCAGGCGUGCCAUCAAUUGAGAUAUUUUGUCAACUUCCGGCAUUUCUGUGAUUACCGAUAUCCAUUCAUGAGUGAAGAGGAGGCCAAGGCUGAAGCUGAGGAAUUCUUGAUUGAUGAUGUCGAUGACAAGGGACAACCAAUUCGUCGGCCGGCCAAGUUGAACGAUGCGGUCCCUGCGCCCUAUCAGUUCCCCGGUGGUCGAUGGCUCGGCGAAUGGAGCAUUCCUGUUAACAAUGACAAGGCUGCGGCUGCCGCAAACAAUGGUGCUCUGCCGCCAGAGCUCAGCUUGAUGAUGAGCGCACGAACGACACAUCAUCACCGUGGUGACGACUAUAUCUUCUGUUUACUUAAUGGUUACUUCGACCCACCAGCUGGCAUCACGCUUGAUGAAGGCAAGGCCUACAAUCCAUACUUCCCUGGUGGAUUGAUUUCUAUGCCUCAACAGCUCUUUGAUGAAGGAAUCGAGUACAAGGAUGGAACUCCAGCCACACAAGCUCAACAGGCCAAGGAUGUGACGAACUUCUUGACUUGGUGCUCGAUUCGCUCUUACAAUGACACUGGCAAACGUUGGGCUCUUGAGCUGCUUCUUCUGUUCCCCGUGUUCGCUGCCAUCUUGAUCUACUCCAAGAGGAGUGUCUGGUCGAUGGUUGAGAAUGAGAAGAUUCUUUUCCGCUCUGUCAAGGGACCAAGAAGAGCCCGUUUAUCAACAACCGUCACAACCAUGUACUCAUUUAUGGAGAAUACG